CUCCCCUCUUCGUUUCCGGAGUGUGAGUCGCUGUCAUCCAUCCAGGAUCACCGAGGAGCACGGACCGCGUUCAGAGGGCUGUAGCAGACAUGUCGGCAGCUGCGGCGGGGACCAGCAAAGCGGCUCACGGCCCCGAUGUGGCCCAGAAGAAGCGCAAGGGACCGGGGGCUCUGGCCACGGCUUACCUGGUCAUUUACAACGUGGUUAUGACAGCAGGGUGGCUGGUGAUUGCGGUGGGUUUGGUGCGAGCGUAUUUGGCGAGAGGCAGCUACCACGGCCUUUACUACUCCAUCGAGAAACCCCUCAAGUUCUUUCAGACCGGGGCUCUCCUUGAGAUCUUGCACUGUGCUGUCGGUAUCGUACCCUCGUCUGUGGUGCUGACAGGAUUUCAGGUCAUGUCUCGAGUCUUUCUCACCUGGGCUGUCACUCACAGUGUCAGAGAGGUGCAGAGUGAGGACAGUGUUCUGUUGUUUGUCACAGCGUGGACCGUGACUGAGAUUAUCCGUUACUCCUUCUACACCUUUAGCCUCCUCAACCACCUGCCCUACCUCAUCAAAUGGGCCAGGUACACGUUCUUUAUUGUGCUCUACCCAAUGGGAGUGACUGGAGAGCUUCUGACCAUCUACGCUGCACUGCCAUUUGUGCAGAAAACGGGCCUCUACUCUGUCACGCUGCCAAACAAGUACAACUUCUCCUUCGACUACUACACCUUUCUCAUCCUCGUCAUGCUCUCCUACAUCCCACUGUUCCCUCAGCUGUAUUUCCACAUGAUCCGACAGAGGAAGAAGGUUUUGGGGCACGUCGAGGACUACAGUAAAGUGGAGUGAGCGAAAACAAAACAUCAAAUUCCAAAAAGAAAUCAACCAAAAAAUAAGAAGCAUUUAAAACACUACAAACAAGUUCAUGGAAAACCCCACAAGCCCGAACAAAACUGCCAGAACUUAAGGGAAAAGUAAUUUAUUCAAUUUAUCAACCGGGUGCUCACCAAAUCUACAUUUUUAUUGUUUUAUUUAUGAACAAAUUGUAGACACUGGUGGUCCGUAGCAGUAUAUUGUAGGCAAAGAGCAUUUUAUAUGAGACAGAAUACACAUAGCAAAAAAUUAUACCUGUACAAGAAUUAAAUCAACUUGAAUUCAAAAUCCUUAUCUGGAUAUUAGUAGUUUUAAAGGUGCAUUAUGCAACUUUUCUGGUGGAUCUGCCAACUGCCGGUGUCCACAGAGAUGUUAUUUCUAUGCCUGGAAUGUUUCACAGUAUUGCAUUCAUCUUGCAUUUAUUUAAUUACAAGUGUCGUUAUAGCUUAAAAAGCCCAUUCUUAUUGUGAAUGGGCUUGCCUCUCCACAGAUCUGACCUCUAUUUUGGCCUCAUGGUGUCACACUUUUAUAUCUCCAUGGAAACAAGGAGGCGGCAGAUUUCACACGAGAAAAGUCAGUGCAUAUUAUUGCUUUUUUUUUUUUUUUUUUUUUUUUCAUUUUUUCAAGCAAAAAUAUGCAUCUAUUGUGCAACUUCUGGAUCUUACCUAUCAGAUCAGAUUUUUUCUUGAAAACUAAAAACAAGUUACCCUUAAAAAGUCAAAAAAAAUGUAGACCUACUUACUAAAUAAAUAUAAAUCAGAUCAGUGACACUAUUGAAAUCCAGAUUAUAAAUAAUUUUGAAUUCUAGGCGUUUCACAUUCAUUUGAGUGCAGUGGUCUGUAGUUGGAUUCUUUUAAAAAGGCUCAGGUCCAGAUGGCCUCACAGACUUGAAUCUAGAUUUGUCGAUACACUGUUUAAGUUAGUGAUUUGUGUUGUCUCAUUUUCAUUUAAAAACAUUCCUAAUUUAGUUAAAUAAACCUGUUUUGUAACAUA